AUGCUCCUGGCAGCGAGCUGGGAGAACCUGGACGACAUCGGGCGUCUCCCCAAAACACGAGCAGCGCUGGCAGAGUCCUUGCGGCUCUACCCCCAGCCGCCGAUUCUCAUCAGGAGAGCCCUGGCCCCUGAUGUCCUGCCGGGCGGCCUGUAUGGCGACGCAGCCGGCUACCCUAUCGGCAAGGGCGCCGACCUUUUCAUCUCCACCUGGAAUCUGCACCGCUCCCCCCACCUCUGGGACGACCCCGAGGACUUCAAGCCCGAGCGCUGGAGCGCCAAGCGUGCAAGCCCCAUCCCGGAGAAGUGGGCGGGCUACGCCCCCCUUCAGGCAGCCUCCGCCCUGUACCCCAACGAGGUGGCGUCCGACUUUGCCUUCAUCCCCUUUGGUGGCGGCGCCCGCAAGUGCGUGGGGGACCAGUUUGCGAUGCUGGAGGCAACCGUGGCCCUGGCCAUGACGCUGCGGCGGUACAGCUUCUCCCUGGCCGCUGACCCAGGCCUUGCAUCGGGCGCCACCAUUCACACCGCGCAUGGGCUGAGGUGCAGCGUGCAGCGGCGGGAGGGACCAGCCGGAGCAGGACAGGGCCUCAGGGACGAGAAGGAGACGGUGGCCCUUUUAUGA